AUGGAUGAAGAAGGAGGAUCGUCCGGGCUGGUCAAAUCAGCGGCAGUCAAACUAUCUGAAAUGGGGGAGAGAACCAAAAAACUUGGCACCGCCAUGAAGGAUCCUCACCAGCAGAGACGGAUCAUUUUAGUGAUUGUUUGCGUGGCACUCCUGCUGGACAAUAUGCUCUACAUGGUAAUCGUGCCAAUUAUCCCGGACUAUCUUGCAGACCUGGAGAGUGAGCAGUCAGAGCACGUCCACUUAGUGAUCCACCCCAACUCUUCAACCAACAGCACAAUCCUAGACAAAAACACCAAGAACAAUUUAGAUAUCCAGAUAGGAGUACUUUUUGCGUCCAAAGCCAUCCUGCAGCUCCUAGUGAACCCGCUGUCUGGGACUUUCAUAGAUCGUGUUGGAUAUGACAUUCCACUUUUAAUUGGACUUACUGUAAUGUUCUUCUCCACCUGCGUCUUUGCAAUCGGGGAGAACUAUGCCACUCUGUUUUUCGCCAGAAGUUUGCAGGGUCUCGGUUCUGCAUUCGCAGACACCUCCGGUAUAGCAAUGAUAGCUGACAAGUACACAGAGGAGUCGGAGAGGAGCAAGGCGCUGGGGAUCGCCCUUGCGUUCAUCUCGUUCGGGAGCCUGGUGGCACCUCCUUUCGGGGGCAUCCUGUACGAGUUCGCGGGGAAGAAAGUACCCUUCAUUGUGCUCGCCUGCAUCUGCCUGGCGGACGGCUUCCUGCUGCUCACAGUCAUCAAACCCUUCUCCAACAGGACUAGAGAGAACAUGCCUGUGGGCACCCCCAUAUACAGACUCAUGAUUGACCCGUAUAUAGCUGUGGUGGCUGGAGCGCUCACAGUGUGCAACAUCCCACUGGCAUUUCUGGAGCCCACUAUAUCCAACUGGAUGGAGACCACCAUGCACUCCACCCAGUGGGAGAUGGGGCUCACGUGGCUCCCGGCCUUUUUCCCGCAUGUUCUUGGUGUGUACAUUACUGUUAAACUAGCAGCAAAGCAUCCCAACUUGCAGUGGUUCUAUGGAGCUGUAGGCAUGGUUAUCAUAGGCGCGAGCUCCUGCACAGUCCCUGCAUGCAAAACUUUUGGGCAGCUCAUUGCGCCUUUGUGUGGCAUUUGCUUCGGCAUAGCGCUCGUAGACACAGCGCUGCUGCCCACACUCGCCUUUCUAGUCGACGUGCGUCAUGUUUCAGUGUAUGGAAGUGUUUACGCUAUAGCAGAUAUCUCUUAUUCUGUCGCUUAUGCUAUGGGUCCUAUAGUAGCAGGGCAGAUCGUGCACAAUCUCGGGUUUGUGCAGCUCAAUCUGGGUAUGGGUCUUGUUAAUGUGCUUUACGCGCCAGCUCUCCUGCUGCUGCGCAACGUGUGCCAAAUGAAACCGUCCUACUCAGAGAGGGAUAACCUGUUAGAGGAGGCUCCGCAGGGGCUGUACGACACUAUCAGGAUGGAGGAGAGGAGGGCAAAAAAGAAGGGCUACAGUACUGCAGGAAACUGCUUGCCAGUAGAUGAAAAUGGGUUCGAUUCCUUCAAAGCACAGCGGUCCAUGUCAGAGGAGUCGUCCGGUCCGGAGUACACUUAAACCGGCCUCACUCUGACUGUAGCCGCCUUCAAACCCUGAUACAUUCCCCCCUUGAAGAGAUUGAUCAGACAGGUUAAAGUCUAGUUAUUUCAACUUUUAUGUAAGUACCGAUGUGCAAUAUCAACACCCAAUCACCAAAAUCAUGAUUGUGUGACACGUUCUCCAAACUCUUAUUUUUAUUUUGACUGUGAUUUUAUUGUGUCCAACAAGUCUGUGUAGUCUGUCAUGGACGUGUAUCUGGAGUUUUGUGAGAGAUCUAUCAGCUACUGUUGAAUCUGUGUGUAACAAUGACUAUUGUAAAAAGAUAUAAAUAGAUUUACGUGCGUACAAGAGUAUAUGGGACCAACUAUAAGCAGCACAUUUCCCCCCUCACACAAAAAUAGCCUCUAUUUUUAGUCUCUGAGGAAACUUUUUUUACUCGCACAUCAAAGGCCUGAUUUUCUUCUUUUGUUGUUAAAAAUGAGGGAGUUUAAAUUUUGC